AGUCGAAUCGAGUAGAGUCGCCGUGAUCGUCGGAUCGUCGGCGUUCGCGCAAUCACGAUUUCCCGCGGAUCGUCCUGCCUGCCUCCAGCGAGCGUCCCACACGUCACACGUCCGCAGAAGCGACUUUCACGAUCGCGAGAGCCGCAUCUAUGCAAACGCGGUGUCGCGCCGCGCCGCCGCCGUCGCCCCGCAACAGCGUUCCGCGAGCACGGCUGCGUGGAGCCGCUGCCGCCGUCGCAGUCAUCGUUCGCACGCGCGUCGCGACGCACCGUCGCCAUUUCGCCGACCGGGACGGCGACCACGAUCACGGCGACGACGAGGACGAGAGGAACGCUGACGCUGGGACACUCGCCGCGGCGAUGAAGGAGAGCUGAGUGAACGCUCGCCGUCGUACACGCCGGGCACACGAGAGCGAUGAGCGGUUCGCGGCUUGGCAGAGGCCGAACUGGCCGCCUGGCUCUGUACGGGGGCUGUAUAGUGGUGGUGAUCUUGACGUUGAUCGUGUACCGCAAUACCAUCUCGGAGAUGACCAGGCUUCAGGAAAUGCAAGUGCAAUGUCUUCAUCAGCAAGAAUCACUCGCUGCUCAACUGCAAGUAAUAUUUGAGUACAAAGUACGGCUAGAGAAGUCCCUGGCCGAGGAGAAGAGCUCGAACGCCGCGGUGAAGCAAGAGCUGCAGCAACGGGCGUCGCGGGAAAAGUCCCUGCGAGACAAAGAUAGUAUAGAGGCGAUGCAGAGGUUCAAUUCACUUCAGCAGACCUACAAGCUCUUACAGACGGAGCAUAAGGAUCUGCAGGAGGAAUGUAAGAAGCACGAAAAACAGGCGCUCGAGGAGACCAGUAGGCUGGAAACAACGCUGCAGGACUUGCGUGCUCGCAUCCGACAGGCACAGGAGGAGAAGUUCAAAGCUCUGGAGCAUUUAAAGACCAAGUACCUGGAAGUAGACGACGAGAAGACCAGGCUGGAAGAAAAGUACAACGAAUUGUUGAAAAGUAAAGACAAUACCGGUAGUACCGUCGAACAUCUUAGGAAGGAGAUUUUCCAGCUUAGACGCGAAUUGGAGAACGCCAAAAAUUUCUAUGCUAAAAGUACACCUCCUAGUUCAGUUCUGGUGACUCCUCGAGCAUCGGUGUCACAAUCGGCGUUGCAGAAGGAAGACUCGCAACCGAUCCCGGCGCCGCAGCAACAGCAACAGCAGGUAAGUGCGCCAAGGCCACCGUACGUGUCUCAUGACCGUAACACAAUCGGUGGAGCAACUCCGUCGGUGGAAAAGACGUUAAACGACGACAUCAACGAGCCAGUCAACGAUAUUAGGUUCGUUCAGCAGAAUGGCAACAUCGUUCCAGCAGGGCCCAGCGAAGCGAAAGAGAUCAACGAACAACGCGAAUCUUCAGCUAACGACUUACAACAAAAGCAGCAGCAGCAAAAAGAUGUUGUCGAUCGUCCGAAUGUUGUAGACGAAGAGAAGAAUGGCCUUGAUGAAGAACAAAGAAAACAGAGUGUGACGAGUUCACGAAAAGUGGAGAACAUCACCGUAGCAAACAACGUCAAUUUGAUGUCACCGUCUGUCGUCGACAAGCCCGCGCCGCUGCCGGCCAGGCCCCUGUCGAAGGUCAAAGUGCCGGUCGGUGUGUUGCCGAUACCGGAAAUUAUCGAGCAGAAGGUCGUCGACGACGCGGAUGAGGAGAAGCGCCAGGAGGAUAUCCGAAAGCGAGAGGACGCGGCGGCGGCGGCGGCGGUUCAUAAUAAUUUGCAGCCACCGCCACCAAAACUCGCGCCGGCGAAUGAGAUGGAUGACAAGGAGGAAAAGGAACCGGUGGUUGAAGCUGGUAAUCUGGAUCCGCCGUUUGUCGUAAAUCCUCCCGCGCGACACGUUGGCGAACAGAUCGAGAGGAGAGCGAAAGACACCUGGUUGAGGGUGGGGCCUGGGGUACAAGAAGUCGGCGAAGAGCUCAAUCGAGUUCCUGGAUUGGACGAUGGACAAGCUAACGGCGGUGACGAUCAGUACGACGGUGGCGAUUAUGACAAGGAGCCGCAGCAAAAGAACGAUAUUCACCUGGCGGAAGGCGAGGACGAAGGAGAAGACGAGGGCGACAUGUUUGAAUAUCCGCAUAAUUUGAAACAAGGAAAACGGGAAUAAAAUCAGCACCACUGCUCAAAUGUUUUUUAAAUGCGACUGGCAACCCGGACGGCACAAGAGGCAAUCGACUGAAAAACAGUCAAACGACCUGAUCUAAUCUGACCUGACCUGACCUGAUACUCUUGAUCGUACGGAUUUAAUCAGCGACGAACACUUAUUGUGUAUUAUAAUCUGUAUGAACCAUUCGAUGUGACGUCUCACGAGGAACUAACAGUGAUUCAAUCCAUCUUCAUCUUUCAUACGAAGACUCUUGUACAAGAUUUUAGUUAGAUAUCGAUAUAUGAUAGUAUAUACGGUACAAAUAUCGUCAAGCGCAGCUGUGGGCGUUUGACUUAGGCGGUUC